AUGUCUUCCAUUAUCAGUGCCAUUCCCGCUGAAAAGAGAGGUCCUUCGAUCCAUUUACGCACCAAGGGACUACCACCAUCGCUCCAUUCACGCACCAAGGGACUACCACCAUCGCUCCAUUCACGCACCAAGGGACUACCACCAUCGCUCCAUUCACGCACCAAGGGACUACCAACAUCGCUCCAUUCACGCACCAAGGGACUACCAACAUCGCUUCAUUCACGCACCAAGGGACUACCACCAUCGCUUCAUUCACGCACCAAGGGACUACCACCAUCGCUUCAUUCACGCACCAAGGGACUACCACCAUCGCUCCAUUCACGCACCAAGGGACUACCACCGAGUUCUUAG